UUACGUGUGUUUGCCCUUGCGUAUGUUCUUUCGUACGUGCGCGUGUUUGCUCUUGUGUGUGUUUGCUGUCCUGCGUAUCUGCCUGUGCGUAUGCCCACGUGUGUGUGUGUCUUGACGUGUGUGUUGGGUAACACAGGAGGAGCUGACAAACAUCAGAUGGACGCUGAGCUAAGGAAAGAAAUGAUGGCCAUUUGGCCCAACCUCUCUCAGAAGAACCUAGACCUGCUGGUCACGCCACACAAGUCCACAGACCUGACAGUGGGGAAGAUCUACGCUGCCAUGAUGAUCAUGGAGUAUUACAGACAGAGCAAGGCCAAGAAGCUCCAGGCCCUACGCGAGGAGCAGAACCGAACACCGUUAAUGUUUCAGCGCAUGGAGCCGCCCUCCCCUGGGGGAGGAGAAGGGGAGGAGGGGGAGGCCCCGACGGGACGGGAGGAGGGAUGCCAGGGGUCAACGGCCUCCCCGCCACACAGCACGACCCCAACAGCAUACGCUAGAGAUGAGAAAGAUGGGGCGGACGGGUACUUGGAAACUGAGCCCUGUCACCCAAUGCGAAUGGACAGGCAUGGUCGGACCAUCUCCAUGCCCCGCCUCUCAGACGACAACCAAACCAUAACAGACACCAGCCCCAUGCGUCGGUCCACCUCCUCUCUGGUCCACGGGCGUUCUGGCAGGGAGAGGGGGGUGAGGCUGGAUGACUACAGCCUGGAGAGGGUAGAAGGAGAGGGGAGGCACGGUGGGGGAGCAGGAGGGGGACAACGCAGGGACAGGAGGGACAGGAGCCACCGCACCUCUCAGAGGUCCCUUACCAGAUACACAGACGCAGACACAGGGUUGGGCACAGACCUGAGCACUACCACCCAGUCUGGAGAACUCCCCCCCAAAGAGCGUGAACGCGAACGCGGUCGAGCCAAAGACCGCAGGCACCACCAUCAUCACCACCACCACGGUGGCUCCAUGGAGAAGGAGGGGCGCUUCGGGCCAGACAGACACGGGCCAGAGUUCACCCACAGACACCCCCACGACCGGGGGGACAGACACUGGUCCCGCUCUCCUAGUGAGGGGCCCGACGGACGGGGCCACAGACAGGGCAGUAGCUCGGUGAGCGGCAGCCCGUCCCCUCCACGCGUCCGGUACCUCCCCCCCGCCGCGGGCGCCGACAGCUGCCCCAGACCCCCGCCGUGCCACGCCCCACGUCACCUACUCCCCAGCCAUACGACACCCCAAGCCCACCUACGGAGCAGGUCCCCUGGACGACUCCGCUCCCCCUCCCCCGACACUUCUCCCCCAGAGCACGACGGAGGGGGGUAUCACCGCCCGCCAUCGCGUCACGUUUCCCCGCUUGAGCAUGGAGGGUCGAGGCACGGGUCUCCAAGAUCGGCCCGGCACCAGUCGGGGUCUCGUUCACCUCCGCCCCACCAUGGGUCACCCCGGUCCCCCCGCCACGGGCGCUGGAGCGGUCCCCCUCCCGGGGAUAGUCUGGAGAGCGAGGGCGGCCCAUUCUAUGAGCGUGACUGCGAGUACGAGCGCCAGCAUGAGCCGCCCGCCUACGAGCAGAGCCUCAGCAAUCCACAUCCCCACGGCAAACCCCACCCGCACGGCAACCCACACCUGCACGGCAACCCGCACCCACGCUCCCCCAGGACUGCCCGGCACGGGGGCGGCGUGGGCCCACCACCUCCACUUGCUCCCACUCACCCCCGACGAGUCCCAAAUGGUUACCGCUCGUCUUCGCCCUCCCCGCACCGGCGAGGGCCCCCACAUCAACACCCCAAUCCAGGGGACCACCCCACCGGUCCCCCCUCAUCACCGGGUCCCCAUGGAGGCCCCAGAGGCCCCCGGAAGGGACUGCACGAACCCUACAGCGAGACGGACGAGGACGACUGGUGCUAG